AUGUUUGAGAGGGAUGCCGGUUCACCCGGUCCAAAUUCUGGACGCCAGAAGGUAUGGUCUGAACGAACCGGCUCGCAGAAAACCGAUGACAAUCCAUCCGAUAAAGAAGAAGGAUCGAUUGAAGAGGAACAAUCGGCUACAAGUCUUGACAAUGCCGGUGCGGCCGCAAGCCUUGAAAACACCGAUGCCGGUGCAGACGGCCGUGGGGAGGAAGAGGUUCCCGUUGAUAACGACCAGAAGAUAGCCGAAAAUAUAGUGCGCAGAAUCAUGGAGGAAAUUGAUCUGCGAGCUCAGGCGGCUGCCGAAGUAUACAGUGAGUGGUUGGGUUACCGGUGCAACAAAUUCUUCAAGCAUAUGCUACCGGGCCUAACCGAUGGACAAAGUUUCAGAAGGCUGAAGGAGAUAGAAAAAGACGUUAUCAGACUCACAAACGGCGAGGAUCUUAGCGAAGCCAUGGACCGACAGGCAUUAUUAGUACCGCAUGCUCGGCUACAAAAGCUAACCGUACAUAUACGAAAGCUUUCAGAAAGGUAUGUUGCGGGAACACCGACAGCUAAAUUACAACUCUUGGUGUUGGAUAAGCUUGAGAUAAAGAAAGGAGAAUUCACUGACGAGAUAGAGCAGCUAGAAGCGGUGCACAGACAGCGAGAUACAGCGCACUCUCCGCGUCCUGAGACCGACGACGGUCAGAAUCCAGGUAAUACAUCUCAUCUGGCGGAUCCGGUCAUUAAUGAAACCGACGAAAGGAUAGAGACUCCUUUCACCGGGCCACUUGAAACCGAUCAACCGGGGGAUUCAGAACCGGCCAUCACAGAAGAAAGAGUCAAGACUCUCAUUCAAGAGUUUGCCAACAGAAAGGUUCGACCGUGGAAGAAGAAAAUCAAGAAAGCCGCGGUUCAAACAAUUACAUUGGCCCAAACAACGAGGGAUAAUCUUGUGAAGGCAGAGGCCCGGAUCGCGGAGAUCGAAGUUAACUACCGUGACGACACAGUUCUGUACAACGCUCAUCUUAAGCGAACCGUGGACUUGGAAGAUAAGACCUCCAAGAUGGUGGAUGACUUGGAACGGUUUCAAGAGAAACCCGAUCAACAGUUCACAAAGGUAGAUGAGGACCUAGGGCGGUCAAGCACCGAAGUCGGUUCAACACUUGACAGGGUCAUAGACCUUGAAAAGAAGAAUACAAGUCUUGAAGAGCGCAACGACAGGCUUGAAGCCGACCUUAAGGCGGUCACCGAAGAGGUGACUAAGUUGAUAAAUGCCAAGCUUAAUGCUGAUAAAGCGGUUGAGGAGGCAAAUGCUCAAGCGACUAAGGAUAUUCAGGAUGCGCUGGACGAAGAGACGCGGAAAGCAAAGGAAACACCGCAAUUGACUGAAGAGGAAUUAACCGUACGCACACAAAAGCUAGCGGCCAGAAAUCCGGCACUUGCAAAGUCCAUAGCAGCUCAAGUGGCCGAGGAUGCAGAACGGAAAACACCAUCAAGGAAGGUUCAAGUAGCCGGGAUGCUGGAAAGGAUUACCGAGACAAUUAUUAAAACUCAACCGAACCCAGCUAUGCACACCGAGGAUGAAAUCGAAGAGAAUCUCGAGCCGCGAACUACAAGACAGCGAGUUCUCAAUACGGCUCCAAUCAGCACGGUCGGUCAAUCGCAAGCUGGAGGUUCAUCUUCAAGAACAGCUCCACCGGAUGAGGAACAACCGACCGAUGACAUGAUGAAAGACUUCAUGCCAUCCGAAUCAGAAUAG